GAUUCUCAAAACUCCGCCAUCGUUAUAAAUGACGCGGUCGAGGACGCAUUUGCUUUCGGCGUCUUGCAACUUUCUACAAACAUUAUCCUCACCAAGACGUACCGAGGAGUCGAGGGCAAGUACAUGGACUAUCUUUCGACACUCUGCGCUCGUAAAAUCGUGCCGACGGGCCCGCUCAUCAACAAUAUUGUUGUUGGGGAGUUUGAAGGCGAAAAAGUGGCGGCGGCUGUGGAAGAAGUUUUUUUUGGUGGGGAGAGGUUUAGGGAGAGGGCGAGGGAGCUGAGCAAGAAGAUGAGAGCGGAGGAAGAGGAGGAGAAUGGUUAUGAGGUGGCCGACGAGUUAAGAAACUUGAUUCUUCAGAAUGUGUCGACCCUUGAGGCGUUGGCCUUUGGGGUGUCGAUCCUUGAGGCGUGCGGUUAUCGAUCUGUGAGGUUAUCGACCCUUGACCCUUGA